GGGGGUCUCAGACAAACGUGUCACUCGAACGAAGUUGUGGCGAUUUGUAUUCAUAAUCGCUUGCUGUCUGUUACGAUUGUGAUUCACAAUAAAAACAAAGCGUUUGUGCCUUCGGCUUUGAUUUCCCACAGUCAUCCUCACACAGUCCCUCCCUCGUUCCCUCCAUGUGACAGAUCUGUGUCCCUCCCCUUUCCCCAGUCUGUUGCCUCUCUGCUGCACUGCAGCCUCUCAGCCACCAGCAAAGCGCAAUUGUACUUCGCCUGCUUCUCCCCCGGAUUAGCGCUGCUGUCUCGCUGUCUUCUUCCCCCUCAUUUUCAGUGCUGUGGUCAAUGCCUUUCCCUGGAGGAGCUCAGAGCUCGCCCCCUCCCCCGUGCAGGGAUGAUUGUGGGAGCUUGUGUCUGCCUCGUUUCCCUGCUGGACGUGGGGCAUCUGAAUGCUGAAACUGACAUCAACUAGAAAAGACUCAACAGGGGGAAAUAACAAGUGGAGGGAGAAGGGGGUGGGGGGAGGUGGGUGACAUUGAUUCACAGGGGAGGAGGUCCCAGCAGUUCUGGAUUCUCUGGAAUUCACUCUCUUUUUUUUCACGCUCUGAUUUCCUUUCUGGAUCCAAACCAGUGGGGUGGAAGCUGGAGUGUGACUCCUUCUCUUAGGGGGGUUCCUGCGAGUUCUGUGGAUUGUGCUACCCCCCCAGCUUUGGACUCACCAUGGAGUCAGUGGAUAAGGAGUGUGGGGCACUGGGAGGUCUCUUCCAGGCCAUCAUCAAUGAUAUGAAGAAUUCUUAUCCCAUCUGGGAAGAUUUUAGUUCAAAAGCCACAAAACUACACUCCCAGCUCAGGACCACAGUGCUGGCUGCUGUUGCCUUUCUUGAUGCCUUCCAGAAAGUAGCUGACAUGGCGACCAAUACUCGAGGAGCCACUCGUGAUAUUGGAUCAGCACUGACCCGGAUGUGUAUGAGACAUCGAAGCAUAGAGAGCAAGCUAAGGCAUUUCACAAAUGCUCUCAUGGAGAGUUUAAUAAAUCCACUUCAGGAACGAAUAGAAGAUUGGAAAAAGACAGCUAAUACACUGGAUAAAGAGCAUGCCCGAGAAUACAAACGGGCACGUCAUGAAAUCAAGAAGAAAUCGUCUGACACUCUGAAGCUGCAGAAGAAAGCGCGCAAAGAAGUUCUUGGAAAGGGGGAUCUGCAGCCCCAGUUAGACCAUGCACUGCAGGAUGUCAAUGAUAUGUACUUGCUACUGGAAGAGACUGAAAAGCAGGCAGUGCGCAGAGCGCUAAUUGAGGAGCGUGGGCGUUUCUGUACAUUCAUUGCACUGUUUCAGCCUGUGGUGAAUGGAGAAAUUCACAUGCUGGCAGAGGUCACUCACCUACAAGGGAUCAUUGAUGACCUAGUGGUGCUGACAGAUGAACCUCACAAGCUGCCUGCAGCCAGUGAACAGGUUAUUACAGACCUAAAAGGUUCAGACUAUACAUGGUCCUACCAGACACCUCCCUCAUCGCCGAGCAGCUCUGGGUCCCGCAAAUCCAGCAUGUGCAGUACAAAGACUACCCCUUCAUGGCCUGCUGCCGCGCACCCACACUCACCGGGUUCCGCAUGUCGCUAUCGCAGCCUCCCGCCCACUGGGGGCCCUCAGCGAUUGGUCAGCGUCUCCUCACAUGAUUCUGGAUGCAGUUCUCAUGAAGCCAAUUAUUCAAAGCCACCAUCGCCGAUGCCAUCUGACAUCACUAGCCAGAAGUCUUCUAGUUCUGCAUCUUCAGAAGCUUCAGAGACUUGCCAGUCAGUUAGUGAGUGUAGCUCACCCACCUCUGAUUGGUCCCGCUCUGGUCCUUAUGAAACGCCACCUGUUACUUCCCUUCAGCGCAGGAAGGACAGAGUUGAACAUCUGCGGGAGGCAGAACUUGGCCCAGGGUACCAGAUCAUGGAGGAUCCUUAUCGACCCCGCAUGUCUCCUGCUGUUAUUGCUGCUAAGCAUGGAGAAGAAGUGUCCCCAGCGGCCAGUGACCUAGCAAUGGUUUUGACUCGUGGUUUGAGUCUAGAGCAUCAGAAGAGUAGUCGUGAUUCCUUGCAAUACUCUAGUGGCUACAGCACCCAAACCACCACCCCUUCCUGCUCGGAGGACACUAUCCCAUCACAAGGAUCUGAUUAUGACUGUUACUCAGUAAAUGGGGAUGCUGAUGCAGACGGAUCUGGUGACUUUGACAGAUCAUCCACUGUCCCGCGGAACAGCAGCCUGGCUCAGAACUACCGACGUAUGCUUCAGACCAAGCGCCCAGCCUCAACAGCAGGUCUGCCCAGUGCAGCCACUCCUUCUGGCUCUGCACCAUCACCGCCACAAGCAACUUCUACUCCUGGCGUGGCAACCAUUAGACGUACUCCUUCGACAAAACCUACUGUCAGACGCACAUUGUCUAAUGCUGGACCCAUUCCAUGCCGCCCUCCAAUUGUGCCAGUGAGAACCCCCACAGUGCCAGACUCUCCUGGAGGGGGGCUUGGAGGACGGUCACGUGUGGGAAGUGAAGAGUGUGUCUUUUACUUGGGUGGGGAUGAUGGUAACCCUCUUGACUAUGCCAAAUCUUCGCCAAAAAGGCUCAGUCUACCCAAUACAGCCUGGGGUGGCACAGGGGAAAUGUCUGUUUAUGGAGGAGGGGGAGGGGAAGAGGAGGAAAUGGGAGGUGGGCUCUUGGCUGCCAAUCGACACAGCCUGGUGGAAAAAAUUGGUGAGCUAGUAGCUGGGGCACAUGCUCUUGGUGAUGGUCAGUUUCCAUUCCCAUCAGCACUAGAUAAGAGUCAGAGCCCUGCUCUGGCAAGUGGGGGGGCUGCAUCAGAACCUCCAGCAGGUGACAUGCUGGCAUCCAUUCGUAGAGGGGUACGGUUACGCCGGACCCUCACCAAUGACCGUUCAGCUCCCCGCAUUUUGUGAUAUGGUUUGGUGGGGUAGUUAUUAGGAUUGGUGCUCUUAGGGAGGAGGGAAAGAUCAUGAUGACUAAUGCUGUGAUGGAGGGGGCUGCACACCUAUAAACCAAGGGUUGCUUAGACCAGCAGUAGAAGUCUUUAGAUUGGUAACUAACCAAUGAGCAUUUAAUCCAUUCCAUGCUGGAGGAAUGCAACUUAGUUUGCCAUAUUUACCUUAUAGUCUGUUGGUCUGUAUAAGGUGAUCAUUUCAAGUGUGCUUCUUACUGUAGUAAAUGGGAGGCUAUGACAUCUUAAAGUAAAUAGACAGUAAGGUGUAUGUUAUUGUCGGCAAAUUCCCACACUACACAAUCACUACAAGUGCAGCAGGGCUCUAGUACAUGUUUUUCCUGAGAUCUCCAUUAUUUGGUUGCACUGAACAUUUGCUAAGUUUGUUAGAGUAAUGCAAGAUCCCUUUCCUUUUGUUAAAUGUUUUCAUAGGUAUAAUACAUAUAUUAAUGGGUAAGAUUAAUGAGUAUGAACAGAUACAUCUUCAAUGAACCCAUUUUGAGUCUAAUCAUUUACAUUUUUUUAUGCAAUAAUAGUCUUUUUAUUUAAGUUCUGAACCAUCUGCUGAAGCUGCAGUGCUUUCAAGUAAUUUGAUCUACUGGCCUUUGCCAUUUUUUUGUGCACAUAAACGUUGAUUAAACUUUAA